AUGUUUAAACAUGACCAUUUGAGGAAAGCAUUGCCUGUACUAAAGACGGAUAAAGAAGUAGAAGAAGAAGGUUUCGAGAGACUGUCACUAGAUUUACCUUCUUUCCAUGUCACGGAAGAACCGGAAUCUAUAAAGAAAACAAACGACCCUAUUGUAAAGACUAGGCUGGCUGAAAGAAGUGGACCUUAUGUGGCUAGACACAGUAUUGGCUUUGACGUGCCAGGAGCAGUACAUACGAUCAUGACACCGAGAUUAAAAACUGAGCGUCAAUUGGAUAGUAAACUUGUGGUCAUUAUGGUUGGGUUACCAGCCAGAGGCAAGAGUUAUAUAGUAAAGAAACUGAGACGAUAUUUAAAUUGGUUGCAAUAUGAAACAAAGGUAUUCAAUGUGGGUAAUGCACGUCGAGUGAAUGAAGCUAGUCAUCAACAUGACCAAUCAGCCAAUUUUUUUGAUCCCAAGAACAAGGAAGGCGCCAAAAUACGCGAUGAAUUAGCAUUGAUGGUUCUCGAACAAUUGAUAGAUUGGUUAAAAUCGGGUGGUAGAGUCGCUAUUCAUGAUGCAACUAAUUCAACUGUUCAAAGAAGGAAGCUCUUGAUUGAUCGACUCUCUCGUGAACCAGAAAUUAAGGUUUUACUCUUGGAGUCUGUUUGCACAGAUAAAAAUGUACUCGAACGUAACUUUCGGUUGAAGUUAUCGGGACCAGAUUAUAAAGAUAAAGACCCAGCAGUUGCUCUAUCUGAUUUUAGACAUCGCGUAGCCAACUAUGAAAAGGCCUAUGAACCUGUAGGAGAAUGGGAAGAAGAGAAUGAUAUCCAAUACUGUAAAUUAGUGAAUGUGGGCAAGAAAGUGAUUGCUUAUAACAUAUCCGGCUAUCUAUCUGGUCAAUGUAUAUUUUAUUUGAUGAACUUUAAUUUAGCCGAACGCCAAAUAUUUGUCACAAGACAUGGUGAGAGUGAAGAUAACUUGACGGGAAAGAUUGGCGGUGAUGCACCUUUGUCUGCAAAAGGAAGAAAAUUUUCAAAGGCAUUAGCACGGUUUGUAAAGGGCCGACGUAUUGCAUUUGCUCUUGACUUGGCAGAACGAAAGAUUAAAGAAGAGGAAGAACUAAAUGAUCCAACAAGGAGCUCUGAUGGAGAAGAAGAGGACAAAAAAGAAGAUAAAGUGAAAAAGGUCAAGGAGAGGGCAGAAUCGAUCUCUAAUUCACAAUUCACAAUCUGGACAAGUAUGCUGAAGAGAUCAAUGCAAACUGCAGAAGCUUUUGAUCCUGAUGAAUACGACAUAAAGCAUAUUCGAUUCCUUAAUGAAAUCAAUUCAGGCAGUCGAGAAGGCAUGACCUAUGAAGAAAUUAAGCUCAAGUAUCCUCAAGAGUUUCAAGCACGUCAAGAAAACAAAUUAUUCUAUAGAUACCCCGGCAUGGGAGGCGAGUCAUAUAUAGAUGUGAUUCAUAGACUACAGUCCAUGAUUAUAGAGCUAGAGAGAAUGAGCCAGUCUUGUUUGAUCAUUACGCACCGUGUAGUACUUAGGAUUCUACUCGGUUACUUAUUAGAAUGGUCUCAAACACAGAUGCCACAUAUGCUCGUUCCUAUUCACACUGUAUAUGAAUUAAGACCAAAGCCUUAUGGCGUUGAAUUAACCAUCUGGAGUUAUAAUGAAGAGACGGAUGACUUUGAAGUGAUGAAUGAAGAGACACAAUAG